UCAAGAUCACCGGUGAAGCACCACUCGUGCCUUUAUGCGUUGGCGUCACGUUACUUGUGCCCGGGAGUAUAGGUGUCCGUGGAGCGUAUGCGCUUUUACAUCAAGAUGAUCUUGGUCACAGUCUAUUUCCUUUGCAAAUGCUGACAAUUGCUUUGGGUCUAUCGACGGGACUAUUCGCUGCGGCCAUGAUCGUUUAUCCAUCCGGUAAAAAACGCUCACUGUACAUUUCCUUUUAAAAACAUAAUAUGAAACCUGCGCUAUCAUUAUGCGUAUGAGUUCCAAAAGUGGGUUCUCAUCCACUUUAGCUAUGAAAAAAAAAUCACGAAAGCACACCCCAUUCCCUCUCACCGUUGUCACAGUAUUCUCUAUGUAUUCGGACAACAGCCCAUCCAAUAAACAUUCUUCAAAAGCAUUCAUUUUGCCUUCACGGUCACCACGCGAUUCGUUCUUGACCGUCACGGCGGUUGAUAACGACGACGAUCGCCACUUGGGAAUCGAUCAUUACCCUCAGCAUCGUCCAAGUCGUCCAAGUUCCCAGUACAGUCCUAGCCCAAGUUCACAAUACAGUCAACAUUCAAGUCCUCAGCACAGUCAUCGUCCAAGUUCUCAGUACAGUCGUUUACGACCCUUAACGCCAUCGUCGCGAUCCAACAGUGUCGAAAACUUGCGACAUGCCAUGCGUCAAGCCGAAGCUUUGCAGCAAGGGUUUGAAGAAAUGGAAAUGACCGUUUCUCCACAUCACAGCCCAGAUUCCAGCAACAGUUCAACCGCCAUUUCCCGUCGUCGCUCUUUUGCCAAUAUUCCGCGUGAAGAGUAUGCUGCUUUACCGCCAUGUUUCAUUGAUUGCCCGAUGGUCAUGGAUUCGCUUCAGUUGCCAGUGCCAACGCCUGUACGCGAAUAUCUGGCAGAACCGGAUCCGAAAGUGUUGGAAGCAAUGCCGGUUCUUCCGUAUCCAUUGCGCGUCCGCCAGCCAGUCACUCGACGAAUAGAACGUUCCCAUAUGUUCGACCAACAUCCACGCGCCAAAAUCAUCAAUACCACCAAACGUCACAGUCUCGCUUCGGGACAAAUCGAUCGUCUCGUUCAUGCCAAUCGAGAGACCCUGACCCCGCCCAAAGACACGUCCCUUGCUUAUGAAAAUAUACCGUGGAUCCCCAGCGAUAUAUACUGGCAAGAACAAUUGGUCGAUCCCAAUCCAUUCCGCCACCCGCCACGUCAUGGCUAGCGAUAUUUUUAAAAGAACAUGGAUCGAUGAUGAUGAUUUAUUAUUUAUUUUCUCGAGGAAAAUGGAGGAGAUAAGCCAAAAGCAUGCGGGGUUUACCAGGUUUGUGUGAUGAACAG